AUGGCUUGUGCUUCCUCUGCAUACAGCAUCCUAGAAGGCCUCAAUUCGAUCCGCCAAAACGAGUCCGAUCUUGUUUUAGUUGGGGGUUCGGAAAGCUGCAUGGGUCGAUUAUCGUAUCAAGGAUUCGGCGCCAUGCAUUCGCUUUCCACUCACUUCAAUGAAACUCCCACACAGGGAUCACGACCCUUCGAUCGAAUUCGAAAUGGAUUUGUGAUGGGAGAAGGAGCCGUUGUGAUGGUUUUGGAGUCUCUCGAACGCGCACGUGCUCGAAACGCCCCGAUUUUGAUAUCUUUCCAUCCGUUCCCGCGCAACUGCGACGCGUAUCACAUCACAUCGCCGCAUCCGGAAGGACUGGGCGCGAAAAUUUGCAUGGAAACGCUGCUUCGCAAAGCAGGGAUUCGCGCCAAUCAAAUUGAUUAUAUCAACGCACAUGCCACAGGAACACAAAUCGGAGACAAGGCGGAAAUGCUGGCCAUCCAGAGCGUUUUUGGCGGGGUCGCGAAGAAACCGUUUGUGUCGUCGACGAAGGGAGCGACGGGUCAUUUAUUGGGGGCUGCAGGAGCGUUGGAAGCGGGAAUCUGCGCGUAUGCGAUCAAAAAAGUGGGGGAAAAUGGAGGAAUUGAGGGAAAGGAGAUCAUGCCGCCGACGCUGAAUUUGGAAGAAUCGGAGAUUUCGUUCGGUUUUGAUUUGUUAGCGAAGAAGGCGAGGGAAGGGCGAGUGAAUUACUGCCUGAGCAAUUCGUUCGGAUUCGGUGGUGUGAAUGUGAGUUUGUUGUUUGGUCGUGUGGAAUCGAUUGUUUGUGAGUACAAAGAAGAAGAAAAAGCAGGGCAAGAAAAAAACAACAAUAAAUCAAUAAAUAAGUAA